AUGCUACUCCCAUCAGCUUUCUCGUGCGAUGGCGGACAGCAGCAACCCGAGACCAGGCCUCAGAGGCCAAAGCUACCAUCAUUUGCCGCGUAUCCACCAUUGCCUUCUACACCAGCGCGCUCCAGUCCCUUAUCUUCGAGCUGUCGCGCUCUACAAGCCAUCCUAGGCGCCCCGGCCACAAUACAACAGCCAACCUCCAACCCACCGCGCGAGUUGGGAAAUCCAUUCGCAUUGUCAGAAAAGCCAACUAUAAUACGACAAGCACCGCCGAAACCACACAGAAGCGCAAACAAGCGACGGCGCAGUGAAUUUGAAGAGGACCUUCUCCCAUCAGAAUCAUCCGAUAUUCCUAUGGAAGACUGUCAAUCAACCCCUCGACCGGUGCGCACACCCAAGAGACGACGGAGAAUCCCUUUAGCAAUGCCAAUGGGACUGUCUGCCGACGACUUCCGCGCCCUCGAGACGACUACCGAGGAGGAAGAGCUGGAGAUACCAACCAUUAGCCCUCACAAUACACAUUCAGACCAAGAUUCCGCGUACGGGUCAUCUCCAUCAAUAGAAGAUCCCGAAUGGACCAUUGAUGAUGACCGAUUGCUGGUAGAGACCGUGCUUGAGAAAUUGAAGUUGUCCAAGCACGAUUGGAAUGACUGUGCUCGGAAGUUAGGGAAAGAUAAAGACAGCCUGGGAAGAAGAUGGAGUUUAUUAGUAGGAGAGGGCAACGUUGGUCUUAGGAGAGGAGGGAGAAUCUCAAGGACAGACUUGGACAUUUCAAGUUGGUGA